AUGCCCCGUGCCUUCCUGGUUAGGAGUCGGCGUCCACAGCCGCCCAACUGGGGUCACUUGCCUGACCAGCUCCGAGGAGAUGCCUAUAUCCCAGACUGCAGCAGCCUAGGGGGGACACCAGCACUCCAGUCUUCCAGCUUCAGGGACUCUUGGGCAGUGCAGCCCACACAGGGCACCCUGGCCUCUGCUCCAAGGGGCCCAGGGAAGCUUGGCUGCCCACUUUGUCCCAAGGCUUUCCCACUGCAGCGCAUGCUGACGCGGCACCUCAAGUGCCACAGCCCAGCACGCCGCCACGUGUGCCACUGUUGUGGCAAGGGCUUUCAUGACGCCUUCGACCUCAAGCGCCACAUGAGGACUCACACUGGGAUACGGCCCUUCCGGUGCAGUGCUUGUGGGAAAGCAUUUACACAGCGCUGCUCCCUCGAAGCUCAUCUCGCUAAGGUGCAUGGGCAGCCGGCCAGUUACGCUUACCGUGAGCGCCGGGAGAAGCUCCACGUGUGCGAGGAUUGCGGCUUCACCAGUGCCAGGCCCGAUGCCUACGCACAGCACUGUGCCCUACACCGCGCCACCUGAGAGGGUGUACCCGUGUCCUCCCCCUGCGGCAAAUAAACACAGGAAACCCA